UUCAACUACGUCAUGCUAAGGAAGUAAGGACGUUCUGAAGCAGUGGCGUGUUGGCCCCAGCCAGCUAACGCAGCUAAAGUGUACAGAAACAAAAAGUAGUAGACAGCCUUCCAUAUUACAUGUAGAUAAGUGACUCUUUGACAAGCUGCGGUCUGACAAUGGGAGCAAACAACAGUACCCGCCGCGUGUCAUUUGAGUCAGAUGAGAACGAUAAUAUAACAGUGGUGAAGGGCAUACGGCUCUCUGAGAAUGUCAUCAACCGCAUGAGGGAACCUGCAGCUCCUCCUAAACGUGAACAUGCUCCCACUCCACCUCCGUCCACGGUGCCCACCCUCAUUCCUCCUCUCCUGCGGCCAGUACCUCCUCCCUUUGACCCAGUUACCUCUAUGCCUCCUCCCCCUCCUGUUGUAGAACCUGUUGCACCUCCAGCUCCUCCUCCACCAGUUCCAUCAGCCACAGAGACUGUGGCUGCUCCUCCACCACCUCCUCCUUCAGAACAGGUAGCAGCACCCACCAUAAUUGACAUGGUGCACCCACCCACAUCACCCCCAGCUGCUGCUAAUGCUGUCCCUGCUCCUGCUUUUGAGCCUGUGGCGGCACCUCCUCCUCCUGCUUCUGAUGCUGUUGAGCCGGUAAUUUUGCCUACAACCCUCCCUCCUCCUGCUUCUGCUCCCUGCUCUGCUUCAGCUGUGGUUGAAGUGACCAUUCCACUCGCUCCUCCCUCCCUUGUCAAUGAAUCAUCUCCUCCUCCUCCCACAAAUCAAUCCAUUGCUUCUUCUGCUUCAGUAAUUGAACCCAUUGCUCCUCCACAUGCGAUUGAACCCAUUGCUCCUCCACUUGCACCUGAACCCAUACCACCUCCCCUUCCUGAUCCCAUCAUUACUCCCCUUCUUCCCGAAUCUGAACCCGUCUCCUCCCCUCCUGUUUUUGAGCCUGUUGCCAUCCUGCCACCAACCCUUCAUCCUUCAGGGGACAGUUUGUCCCCACAGCCUGCUGAGCCAUUUGCUGCACCUCCCCUGCCUGAGUUUACUGCUCCCUGUGAACCAAUUGCACCUCCUCCUCAGCCCCCAGUCGAGCCGGUAUCCCCUCCUCCUGUCCCUGAGCCACCGGUAGCACCUGAGUCAAGUUCUGUCCCACCACCUCCUGCUGCUCCAGCCGUUGAUAAAGAGGCCCUGAGGAAGAAGAUCACUGAUGAGCUGUCUAAAGGCUUGGAGCAGGACAGAGCUAAGGCAGAGCAAGAGCUGCAUGCCUGGCUGGAAGCAGAGAAAGCCCGAGCAGCAGCCAAGGCUCAGGCUGAGGCCCAAUCCCAGGUCCCCGGUGAAGUGUCCAGGAUCCUCUCUGCAAAGCGGGCCUUGGCCCAGGAGAGCCUCCAGCAAGCUGUAGUAAGAGAAAGGAUUGCCACCGAGGAUGAGAAGCGCCGUGCUCAACUCUUGGCCAAGCAGCUGGAGGCCAGAGAAACAGACCUAAAGAAGCAGGAUGCUUUUUACAGAGAGCAGGUGGCCCGGCUGGAGGAGAGGAGUGCUCAGUUCUACAAGGUCACCACAGAGAACUACCAUAAAGCCGCCGAUCAAGUGAAUGCCAAGUUCAAGCGGUAUGAGAUCAAUCCUGUGUGUGCAGACCUGCAGGGCCAGAUCCUCACAUGUUACAAAGAAAAUGUUGGGAAAACCCUUAACUGCUCCAACAUCGCGGCCCUUUACCUACAGUGUGUCAACAACGCCAAACAGAACAAGUUGAGCACCGGAGGUUAAGGACAAGAGAAAGAGAAAGAAAGGGGCGGAGCGAUGAAGAGUUUAUGGCGAGGGAUUACUUAUUAUCGACCGACUUACAGACAGACCAAACCGAAGUGGAGGAAGCGAGGAAUGAGUCAGCAAGACAAGACACGCACCCUCAAAACCCUAUGGAGAACCGAACCAGACUAAUAGGCACCGAACGCAGCACCCUGAGAGAGAAACAGACACCUUCUCCCCGAGAUUCCUGUCUCCUUCCCCACCUCUCUUACCUUUUGUCUUUCUCUCCUGUGAGCAUUGUAGGGAGUCACGCUGUCUGGAGUGACAGCCGGAACCAUCGGGGACCCAGCAGGCCUGAGUUUGGUCUCGCUGGAAGGACAGUAAAAACAAACCGGAAAGACCACAAGAAAGCAAGCCGUCUCUGUCACAGACCACUGCCCCCUCCCCCUCUCACUCCACAAGAUGAAAGUCUAUUUUUACUAAUAAAAGUCAGUCCUAAUUUGUUGCCCAUGAAAGGGUUGAAUCAUUGUUUUCCUGCUGUCCUGCACACAGACACACACACACUGUACACAUAUGAACACACCUGUUUCUUCAUCCCAUCACUUUGUGUGAUUUUGUGUUAACUUAAGAAUGAAACGAUACGCGUGUUGAGUGUUCACCCAGACCAGCACUUGUAACGACGUCUAAUCAGAGGAAAUAAAAGACGAAAUGAUGCAGGAA